AUGGCGCCGCUCCUCUCGGCUGUCCUGAUGAUCAUUCCGCACCUUUUUGGAAGCCUCACCGGUUUGUCUUUGCAGUUCUGUGGCUUUUUCGGGUUUCGGCGCGAUUUUUGAUGUUUUUUAGAAAAGUCUUUUGAAGGGGUUUUAAUUUUUAAAGUUCUGAUUUUUCUUUGCUUGGCUCGAUUUUCAUUGUUUUCUGAAGUUUUUCAACUUUCCCAAGUUUCGAAUAUCAUUUUCUCAGAUGAUUGAUAAUGUAGAUUAGUUCUUUCGGCCGUCCUGCUGAUCAUUCUGCACCUUACCAGUUUGUCUUUGGUAGUUCUAUGGUUUUUGGGUCCCGGCACGAUCUUCAAUGCUUUUCUCAGAUCUUACUGUAGAUCUUACUCUGCUCAUCAAGAACGACUUUCUAAGAUCAGUAUUUUGAUACAGUGACAUUAAUUUUGAAAAAGUUCAAAUUUAUUUGUGUCCCGGCACGAUUUUCAAUGCUUCUCUGAGGUCUUACUGUAGCUCUGCUUCUUUAGAACAACUUCUUAAGAUUAGUAUUAUAAAAGCCUUAAUAUUAAAAAGUUGGUAUGAAUUUUUUUUUUUUUUUCUGCAUCUUCUUGAAUUUCCCGCUGUUUUUUUUUGCAAAUUUUGGAAAGCCUUACUGGUUUGUCACCGGUGAUUCUGGAGCUUUUUUGAAUCCUGUCACGAUAUAUAGCGCUUUCUGAGAUUGUACGGUACAAAGGGUUUUCUCUAGAUCUAUAGUCCGACACGAUUGAAAAAGUUCUGAUAUUGAUUUUUUUUUUCCAAGUAUGGGUACGACUCGAAGGGUUUUUAAAAGUGCUACUGUACUUUGAGCUUUUUGAUUUUUUCUAUUUUUGAAAAAAAAGGAGAAAAAAAAUUUUUUUUUGUUUACCUUUCUCUUAUGUUUUGAGUUCUGUCGAAGCUUCAAAAAGAUGUUCGAAUUUUUUUCUAUCUUAUCGACUUUUUUGCCAUGACUUUGGAGACUUUCCAAACCCUAGUGAUCAAAUUUAUUAUUCAAACCGAUUUCCAGAUGAUCUUAAAGACCUUCAAGACGCAAGUAGUUUUUGUCACACUUUUUCUGAUCCCUAAUUGCCUGAAACACCGAUUAGUGAAGGUAGGAAUCCUUAAUGAUUUCGGCGCGGAGAUUAGCUUUUUUCGAUUUUUAUGGAGGCCACGUUCAUUGAUUAGUCGACGCACUAAUAUUUAUGCACUCUCUGGAAGUUGGAAAUUCGAUGGUGGUUUGGAUUGUUAACGUAAAAAAAUCGUUACAGAAUGAGAAAUAUUGAAAAAAAAAUGCAGAAAGCUUUCUUGAGCGUUAUAUUUUUUCUAGACUUUUUUAAAGUUUUUUCCGUGAUUAUUUUCAAACUUUUCUUACCAUUACCAUAGUUAGAAAAUUUUUGUUCCAGAACUUUUGAAUGAUGCUGAGUUCUACGAUUGCUUUAAAAAAAGUGAGUUUUCGGACUUGUCCUAUCAUUUGCGCUCCAAUGCGAGAUGAGGGCUCUACCGCGAAUCGAAUAUUUUUUGAUUUUUAUGCUCUAUUCAAAGUAAUAUCUUUCGAAAAUGACGCGUCACAUCAGUUCAGCCCGUCCGUUUUGGUACACUGUAGCUUUAAAUUGUGCAUACACCGAUCCCUGUUUUUGGGCGAUAUCUUCAUUAAUAACGCGUAUUUUGUACGACAAAAAAGGCAGAUUUGAAAAAAAAAAUCAGAGCGUUCAAAGAUGAAAAAUUAGUUUCAACAAGCAAUUUUUUGCAAAUGCCCGCAAGUCUUUAAAGAAUGGGCUGUUUUGAAAAAUCCGCCUUAGGUAAGUAAAAAAUCGUAUUUUCUGAAAUUUGUUCGCUAUCAAUGUCGAAAAUAGCCUUGUUUUAUUAAAUAGAAACAAAAAUGGUCGAAUAAGGUCUAGUAUGGUCACGGCGCAUUAAAAACGGGAUGGGUCCUUGUAGGUCUGAGCUGAUGUCUGAGCAAUAUUCGGUUAAAUAUAUAUCGCGAAAUACGCGAAAUUGGAGCUCCUGGAGCCAUUAGAAAAUUUUAAACUGAUUUGAGCAUAUUUUAACGGAAAUUUUUCUUCCUGGCGAAAAAGUCGCUUCACCGCGAUAUAUCAUUGUAGAACCCAAUUUUUUAACACAUCUCGAAACUCCAAUUUUGCGUAUUUUUCAAACGAAUAACGCGUAGAUUUUAAAAUCCGAGAAAUUAUUUUGUACACGGUGUUACAGCUUUUUUUUUAUUUUUCUAUGCAGAGAAUCUUAUUUUUUUUGCAUUUCAGCGUCCAAUACCAACUCCACAGCCACAGUCAGCUUCAAUUCCACUCGACCGAAAUUUUCUGUUUAUCGAAUUUUACCACGGGACGAGGAAGAAUUUGAAGCAGUCAGCCGUCUGUACAAAAAUGCAUCGAAUCUUGAUGUGAGUUUUUUUAUUUUUCCUUUUUUUCUAUGUUUCAAGUUUUUUUCAUCCACAAUUUGCUAGCGUUUUCCUUUUUUUUUUGUUAAAAAAUGAAAUUUUUGGUGGAUUUUGCGUUCAUUCAAGCGAUUCAUGAUUUUUUUCUGCGGUUUUUUUAAAAGUUAUUUUACGAAAGCUCACGGGAACUUAAUUUUGAAAAUUCUUUUUAAACGUAAUUCCAACUUAUGAUAUGUUACAAAGUGCACAUAUAUCUGGAAAUAUUGAAUUUUUUUGUAAUCUUACUUUGUGCAAAAAAACUAUUUGAAUGAGAAAAGGUAAAAAAAUAAUAAUAAGUACUUUUUUUCGCUUUUUCUUCAUUUAUCUUUUUUUCUGAGAAUUUCAAAAUUAUUUUUUUAGGGGAAAAAUUUUUUAUUAUGAAAUUCUUAUUUAAAAUUGCUUGAAAAUCUCGAGGAAAUCGAUAAAAAAAUCGUCGCAAAAAAAUCUUACCUACCUUAAAAAAAUUCCUUUUUGACAGAUCUUUCGUAAGCCUUUUCUCAGCCAAACAAAAUAAUCAAUAAUAAGUUUUACAGCUCAACUUUUGGAAGGCGGCCAAAGACAAAAGCGGUUUCUGGGACGUGAUGGCCGAAGAAACGAGUUCCGACUUUUUGCUGAAUUAUUUGAGCCAACUCAAUAUUUCUCACAUGAAAACGAUCGACGACGUCGAAAAGUGAGGUUUUUUUUGUCCCCCUUCCCCGCCUUUCUCGCCUUUCAAGUCCUGACGAAUUGACUAUACCGCUAUUUUUAGGCUAGUUUAUCAUUUUUUUAUUAGGGCCUUUCAAGCAACAACCGAAAAAUUUCAUAAGAAUAUUGUUAAUUAAAGAAAUUCAAAUAAUAAGAAAAAUCAAGCCGAAAUUCCAGUGAUGCAGUUUCUGGAGAUAUUAUUUUUUUCUUGCAAGAAUCUCAAUUUUUUUCUCAUAAUAUCUUUAUAGAUUAAUUUUUUUCUUCUCAAAAAGUCAAAGAACAUUUUUUUGUGUAAAUUAAUGAUCCUGGAAGUUUCAACCAGUAAGAUUUUGAGCCUUUUUUUCAAGUUAGGAGCUUGGAAAAUUGGAAAUAUUUGAAACUUUUGAAACUUUUUGAAACUUUUAUUUUUCAGUCUUCAUAGAAGGUUUCUCUGCUGAAUAAUGGAAUCAUUGAAGAGUUGUUUGUCGAUUCGCGAAAAGGUUGUUGAUCAAGCGUAGACGGCGCGUAGGGCCUCUCCUCUCUCUUGUGAUAGUAGUAGACGACUUUCGAGCGCUCCGGCGAUCACUGCUUCUCCAUGUAGGAACAGUACGGCGCCCAGCUUGUCCAGGGCUGGCAGGCGUCGGAUUAUAUCUCAGGCGAGAGCGGAAAUGAAGACCGACCACUCGGAAGGUAGAGGGGAGGAAACAUUUGACUUGUAUUUAAAUAAGGGUCUGAACCGAUUUUGGAAUGGUUGAAAAACAAAUUUUUCAUAAUUGCAAGGAUAAUCUGAACACGGUAAGUUGUCGAGAUAUUAAUGCCGUGUUCAAUUUGAUUCCGCGAAAUGCAAAAUGAUCUCUGACUCUCCAAAAUCUAGUGAUCUUUUCCUUUCUCUAACGGGUAUUUUGCAUUUCGCGGAAUCAAAUUGAACACGGCAUAAGCUUUUCCUUCAAAGAAAAAAAUUAGAAAAUGUUCGGGUUGACAAUAUUUAAGUGGUAGAUAGAAGAGUGUGUGAACCAACUUCAAGAAAAUCAGAAAGAAAAAAAUAGAUUAAUAUUAUUUCGAGGCUAAUCGCGACACGGGAAAGAAGCCCGAGAAAGUCGGACCGACGUCUGAAAGACGACGUCUCCGGCUCGUCGACCUACGACUUCAACUCCUACGGCUCCUACACGAGGAUGACCGACUGGAUGAAGUCGUUGGCCAGGAAAAUGCCGUCCAUGGUGCAGAUGAUCAGCAUCGGAACUUCCAACGAAGGCAGGACUAUCCAUGGCGUCGAGGUGGGACAAUUCCCUUAUAAGGGAGGUCCUUUUAGAAACCCUGGAAUAUUGCAGGAAUCUAAUAGUUAUUUUUAUAGAAAAUCUUUUUUACUACAAUACCAAGUAUUUCGGGAAAUUGCGAAACUCUUUAUUGACCUUUUUUGGAGUUUUUGAGCUCCAAAUUGGUCCCUAUAGGGGCAACCGGAAAGAUCCUUUUACCUUCACAUAUAAAGGACACUUAAGCUUACAAAAGUGAUCUCUAUAGGGACAUGCUAGUUGAGUAUUGUUAUGCAUUCUAUGAGAAAAACUCGGUAAAUUUGCGUUUUUGAAUGAAAAAUAUCAAAAGAUUGAUCAAGCAUGUCUUUCUAACUCACAAAUCGGAAUGAAAAAAAUGACCCUAUAGGGACCACUUUAGUUUUAGCGGCUUAUGAGUUCAGGAGUAUGACCCUGAAAGAUUGUAGGUCGGCGGAAGUGACCCUUCGAAGCGAGUUUUCUGGAUCGACGGCGGAAUCCAUGCCAGAGAAUGGGCGGCUCCUCAUACCGCAUUGUUUUUCAUCCACCAGGUCAAUCAUUUUUUAUUAAGAAUAAGAAUAAUUGCUCAGUUAGAUUAGGCAAAUUGCUUGAACAAUUAGUGGAAGUUACAAAUGAUACUAUUUUUCCAUUUUUUUUAGGAGCUCAGACAUUUUUUCUGCUGUUUUACUUUAAGUUUGAACGAAAAAGUGUAGAGUUUUUUUGAAAUCUUUCCUAGAAAUGCGGGAAACAUGGGCAAAGUCAAAAAGGGUGGAAAAAGGCUCCAUAGAAAUGUUCCUUUUAGGGUGACGAAGGUUCCUUUUUUCUGCCUUUUUGCGCCAUUUCAUUGGCUCUUAUGCACCAUUCUUGCUGCCUCUCCCUUUUCUUCAGCGUUUCUUGAGCCUUUAGAAUCUCAGAAAAUGGAAGGCUCGACAAAGGGACUCUCUUUGCUGCCUUUUUGCUGCCUUUCUGCGGCCUUUUUUGAGCAUCUCCCUUUUAGCGGCCAUUAUCCACCAUUCCGACUUUGCCCGAGAAAAGUUUUUCGUGUUUUUUUCAAAACUCUUUUUUAAACUCGACUCUCUUUCAAAAAAAAAGGCAAAAAUCGGGUUUCUCUCAUAUUCUCAUGAUCAACAAAUAUCUAUCAAUUUUUUAAAAAUCGGUUGGUUAUUAUUCAGUGUUUCGUCAUUACAGCUCUUUUGCUGACAAGGAGGGUCAUUUUACUUUUCGGUUAGGAAUUUGCUAGAAAUUGGCUAGAACACUCCUUGAUGAAUUUCACUCCAGAAUUAGAUUCUGAAAGACUUCCCAUUUUUCGAGAAAGGGCUCAAAUUUCCGAAAUAGCUAGUUUUAAAGGAUUUUGAGGGUUUUUUCUAUUAUGGACGUGCCCCUUAUUAAAAACUAAAAAUUCAUGCAGCUGGAGGCUUUCAGGGACUUUAUCUGGUAAAUCAAGAAGUAUACGGACCAAUUUCUAGAAAUUUCCCCACCGCAAAAUAAAAUCCCCUUAUUUGUGAGAAGGAAAAAAUUUCGAGUGGUAGAAAAGUUUUCCAAGAAUCUCUACGAUUUCAGCUUACAUCUCGAGCCAACGAGCCGGGCGUCAAGAAGUUCCUCGACGAGAUCACGUUCGUCAUCGUUCCCUGCCUCAACCCCGACGGCUACGAGUUCACCAGAUCAUCGUCGAACCCCCACGUGAGUGACGUCACGUCACUUUCUUCGAAAAAGGGGAAUGUGAUCGCAGAUUCGGCUGUGGCGCAAGAACAGGUCGGCGAUGCAGUGCCAAAAGGACAUCUGGGGUCGGAACCGCUGCUGCCGCGGCGUCGACUUGAAUCGCAACUUUGACUUUCAUUUCCGAGGUUUCCCCUCAGAUCGAUCCGAAAAGAGAAUAUGAUGACUAAUGUGGGAUCUUUAGAGGAUUUGGAGGUCAGAAAGUGGAACAGUUGCUUCCAGGGAAUGUUCUCAGCUCUCAGUAGAAUUCCAGAUAAGCCGAGGUCCACUUGAGCUAGAAAAAUGCUCAAAAUCUUCGUAAUGAUAGUUCAGUGUUCAAAGUUGAAAUUACAGGACUUUUUUCCGGAAUUCCUCUCAUUAUGAGUCGAAAAUAUAGGCCAUUCCGCGCUAACUUGUCACUUUUUUCUUUCCGCCAAAAGGCCAGGUCAAAUUUAACCAACUUUCGCUUCAAGUCCUUUGUUUCUUCCCGUUAUAAAGCAGAGAUUUGAUCUAAUUUGGUAUACGGUCUUUUUGGCGGGAAGAAAAACGUGACAAGCUAGCGCGGAAUAGGCUAUAGAAAAUAAUGACUACUGUGAGAUCUGUGAACUACAAAGGGUUUUGUGGGUCAAAAUUUAAACCAUCUCGAAACGUUUCAACUGAAAAAUGCUCUCAAACUACUCAAAUCGCAGCUUUGACUUUCAUUUCCGAGGUUUCUCCUCAUAUUUAUUCAAAAGGAGGGAAUGAUGAUUAAUUUGGGAUCAAUGAGGUUCUGAAGAUUAAAAAGUUGAUAAUUUUGAGUCAUACUUACUAGGAAAUGCUCAAAAGACAUAAGUCGUGACUUCUUCUUCUUAUAUAGAUUCGAAAAAGACAAAAAAUGACUGAUUACAGACCAAUUUUCUUCAGAAUUUUUUGUAAUUGUACCAUAUUUUUCUGAAGUUUCUCCUUAUUGGUCUGAAAAUAGAAAUGACAUCAACUUUUUAAUAAUUUCAAAAAAAUCAAGGAGUAGAUUCCAUAUUUUCGGGGUUUCACUUAUCUUGUUCGAAAAAAUACCGAUUUCGGUUCUGUCUUUAGAGUACUUUGAGGGUCAACAAGAAGCAAAUCACAAAAAAAAAAUUAUUUCGUUUUUAGGAUCAUUCUCAAGCCAAGACUAUAUUUUUUUCUGAAAGUUCUAUAUAAAAUCAAAAAAAUAAAUAAAGAAUUAUUUUUAGUUGAGAAUAAAUCUUGUUUUUGACAAAAAAACGAAUGAUGAGGGAUCUUCUUUUUUUGGUUUUUCUCUUUUUUCUAUUUUCGAAGAAACUGUGAAUUCAUACUUUUGCUCCAGGACCCGUUUUUUUCCCUGGAAAUUAACGGCUUUUUUUCAAGCUUGUUUUUUUGUCUAUUAAUUGUUUCACUUCAAACUUUGAGAAUGUAAAAAAAUAUAUCUUCCUUUCAAUAAAGUUGUAUGAAAAGGUGACGGUCAUUUGAGUACCGUGAUUUUUAAAAAAAUUAAAAAAAAAUUUGAUUGUUUACAGUACCUGUUUCUUAGUAAACUAAUGUUUCUUUAAUUAGAUUUUUUUAACAGUAUGCAGUGAAUAAACCUAUCAUUAUUAUUACUUUUUAUUAUUAUUAUUAUUAGGCAAUCUUUGGUGGAUUCGAAGUAUUUCAUACCUUCCAGAAAGCGGAUCCAGCGAUGACCCCUGCUCCGAAAUCUACCAAGGACCCAGUCCUUUCAGUGAGCCGGAAAGCAAGUUCGCUGUCUGUUCAUCGAAUUAUUCUGAUAAAAAUGAUUUCAGAUCGGUCCGAAACGCACUUUUAUCCAAAAGGUACAAGGGUCGAGUCGACGGAUUCAUCACUCUUCAUACCUAUUCCCAAAUUUGGAUACAUCCCUACGGUCAUAAGAAAGACGCCUAUCCGGGAGAUAUUCGGGACUUGGUUGGGCGGAAAAUAAAAGAAUAAUCAUGAGACAUUUCAUCAGUACGAUGUUGGAAAGAAGGCGGCAAGGGCUCUGAAACGGCUCUAUGGAACAAAAUACGUCGUUGGAAGUGGCGCUGACACGCUUUGUGAGUUGAUGCGCAGUGAAACCUCGCAGUAGCAUUCUCAGGAACGCCAGAGUGGCCCCUAGAGGGUUUAGGGAAAAAAAACCCCAUAUAGAGGAAAACAUAAUGUUCCCUAGAAAAAAAAGGUUAUUAUAAAUAACCGACCGACUUUUCCAGCAUAUGGAAAAUUAAGAAAGCUUGAAAUUCGAGAUUUAAGUUGACCCGGAAGCUCCAUCAAAUAAACAAUAACUUUUAUUUUGAAGUCCCUAACUUCUUAAGACCCUGCCUCGGGAGGUUCGGAAGAUUGGGCAAAGCACGAAGCCAAGGUAAAGUACGUCUACCUGUUGGAGUUGCGACCCGAUGAGAAAAGUGAGCGGAAAAAUAUUAUUGAGAAAUGUGAAUGAUUUGAAAGAUUGGGACGGAUUCAUUCUCGACGAAAAGGAGCUGAUUCCGACGGCCAGGGAGACUUGGGAAGGCGUCAAGGUUGGUCAGAGAAUAUUUAUUUAUUUUUUAAAGCUUUAAAAUUCAUUUGGAGUCACUGAAAAAGGCUCAUGAAACAUUUUGACGUGAAGACAGUUGCGUUAGAAAAGAUAAAAAAAACAUAUUUUUUUGAUCAAAAAAAUGUUUCAUAUAAAAAUUCAAUUCUCAAACUUUCUGGUUUUAUGAUGACCAAUAUUAAUAAGAAACUGAUAUAAUUUCAGAAAAAAAGUCCGACUCCAGAAACAAAUAUUGAGCUUCAUUUAAUGAGAAAAAAGUUUUUUUCUCUGUUUUUUUCCUAAUAAAAAAACAAUAUUUUUCUUUAUCAAAUUUCACUUUUUCCGAUAUAAAGGACUUUUUUUAACUUUUUAAUAAGUGUAGUCGAAAAUCCGCGGAAAUUCUGGUGAAUCGAGAUAUUUAAAAAUUGUCACAAUUAAGAAAUCUUAUUCUUGAACUCAGUGUGUCUCUGAAAAAAUCUUGGUCUUACGUAGACCAAUUCUGCUGUUUCAAAGUUGGAGUAAAGUCUCAUGAGUUAUUAAUUUUCUGGUUCUGGUUUUCUGGGUUCUCUUGUUUUUGAAUUCUGUUAUGUAUUCUGCAAAAAAAAAAAGUUUCGUGCAUCCUGCAAAUACAAAAAUGGGGUCGAUUGAAUUAUUUUUGCAAGGAAGUUGAUAUUCAACUAAAGUAAGAAAGAUGUCUGCAGGUGGUGGCUGAUGCUGUUCUGGAACGGGUGAGGAGCAUCAAGGCGAGCGCAAACGUGGUCGAAGGUGAGCGGGUUAGUCGGAGGAGUCAAUGAACGUGAGUACGACCCUCUGACCGUCUGAGAGUCAUUUGGAACUUCCAUCAGAUUUCCGAAAAUACGGUCAAUUUAUUGUAAUAAUACACGAUCCUUUGAAAAAUAGAGAUUUCUGAAAAAAGGGGGAUGAAAUAUAAACUAUUGUGGAUUCACUGGCCAAGUCAAAAUUUUGUUAUAGUCUGUGUACCACGACUUGGAAUUUCACCGAACGACAUUCCGCUGUUCCACCGGGCGCCUUUGCAAAUCUCGGUCGCGCUUUCAAUUUUUUCUUUCAUUCAAGUACUCGCAGUGGAACGAUCUAUAUAUCAGCAACAAAAUAGCCUGGAAAGGUGACCUAGAUCCGCAAAGGCAAAGCGACCGUACGCAGCGGAACGUCGUUCGGUGAAAUUUCAAGUCGUGGCACACAGACUAUAACUAAUUCUAAUAAGAUGGCAAAAGGUUCCGUUAUGCCGUUUUUGGUGUUUUUUUGUUUCUCACUAUUACUUGUCAAUUUUUCUAUUUCUACCUUUUUCUACUCCUUCUUGAGCAGGAAGCCCUGUCAAAGUUUAGCAGCUUCAAAGAGGGUUCUUUUAGCGGUUUUUCGCAUCCUUUUUCAAAAGUUUUGGGCCAGAAAACCUUCAAAAUAGCCGCAUAGAUCCAUAAAACCCCUCGAAUCUUCAGAAGCGCCGACGGCGAAAGGCUUCCGGUUCGGCAACGGGACCGAAGGAUCCUGCUACGACCUCCGACACGCCUGCAAACGUUGGGUUCGGGAGCGGGAGGAUCUCUGCCAGACGGUCCCCAUCUUCAUGCGCGAGAAUUGCGCCUAUUCUUGCGCCUUUUGUUAACUUUUUUGUUUUUCUUUGGAAAGUCUAGUCAACUUGGGUAAAUGACAAUCUUUACGUGAUUAGCCUUUGCAAAAGCUGCCAAGAAGAACGGAGAAAAGUUUUGAUUUAAAAACCGCUUGCAGUAAUCUUGAGUUUUUUUAAGUUGCCACUUAGACUUGGGACUUAGUUUUGAAAUAUUUCCUCUAAUAGCUUUCUUGAAUAUCUAUCGAAUCCGGCAAGGACUUUUUGGAUUUGUUUUUCAAGAUCCCAAAGUUGAAAAUGAAACAAAAAUCUUCCGGAAAGCCUUUUUCAGAGGUUAUUUCUGAUUGAAAAACUCCUCUAGGGGCUCCUCAACUGUUACUUUUCAGCUUCUUCUUGGAAUUUCCCACCCUUGUCUUUCAUGUAUCGAUUCUUUACUAAAUCAACUUGUCAUAUCAUUUUUUGAUCAAUUUUUUCAAGCCUCUUCUCCGGUGCCUUUUUUCGCUCCCCGAAAAUCGUUGCGAGCUUUAUUUAAUGACAUGUUUGUGUGUACAUUGUUGUUGUAUUGAAUAAUUAAAAUUGAAAUUUGAUUUUUUUCCCAAGAAAUAAAUGUUUCGAUGAAUGUUUGAAACGACGUGGACGUGUUGCACUUCUGUCGCCAGUUUGAAUUUUUCUAUGAGUUGAAAGUAAAGGAUGAGUUUUUUGGGAGAAGUUGAUCCAUAAAGUAGAAACUCAUCAUAAAAAAAGGCUUUUUGAAGGAACGCAGAGUGGCCCCUACAGGGGUUGGGGGGAAAAACAACUCCUACAAGUGUAUAGGGGUCUUCAAUUUUUUGAGAUUUUUUGCAUGUGAAUGCUACUCCUCAACGAGUUCAUACCAAUAAAGGAGUGCUCUCCUAGGGUGGUCUUUAACCCCCAAAGGGACUACUUAACCUUCAACUUUCCCUAAAGUUGCUCCUAUAGGGACCAUUUUGUAGUUCCUAAGAGAAUACGCUUUUUUCAAAACAUGUAUCUGUUUUUUUUUAUCGUUCUAGUCAUAGAUGUCCUCGACUUCCCUUCAAAAAAUAGACUCGAAGCUCAUCUUCUCGUCGAAUUUUUCAAAGGUCUGUCCACUCAAAACAGUUCUCCCCUCGAAUAUUUGGUCUUUUAGGUAACAUGAGCCGUUUUCGAAAAGCAAACUCUUCUCGGGAAUGGGGGACCUAUUUGCCUACAACCUCGUCGGUUGUGACCGUUCGGACCCCGGCCCGAUUAACUCCAUUUCUCCCGUCGUCGCUUCUUCCUCUUCCGUACGUUUUCUUGCAGUUUUUGAGUGUUUCCCCUUGAGAUCCGAUGUUUUUGACGCUCUUGAAAUGCAAAAAAGGUCAGAAAAUGAUACGUUGAGAGGCUUUUUGCACGAAGAUGGACUUUUGGAAAGAGUAGAGGUUCAUUUUUUGGAUUGAGAACUGUCUAGUCGAGAAAAUGAGGGCUUCUAUGUGGUCCAGUCUAAAAAAAAGUUUUCAAAGUUGUAAAACGACGUCUUUUACAUACGAAAAAAUUCAAACUGUAUUUGGUAACUUUUUUUGAGGACUUUUUGGCAACCAAGGUUUUUUUUUCAGAUGCUUUUUUAUCAAUACCAUCCCUUCUAAGCUUUCAUCAAAAAACUUUUUUUGUUUUUUUGUUUUUAAGGUUUUUCUCGUUUAUUAAUAACUUUAUUUUUAUACCGUUUUGAGAUUUCUUUUUUUUUUUUGAAACCGGAAACCCGUGUGAAAAUUAAUUAACGCUAUGAGUCUUUUCAAGAAAAUUUCCCCGAAAAAGUUACACAUUUCAAACUUCUUUUUCUGCUCUACGAGUUUUGUGCCCUAUUAGUAAUUUUCCUUCGUUCAAAAUUUACCGCUCGGACCUUGGUAACGCGAACGGGACAUGAAUCGGACGUGUCGAGGCAUUUCUAGUGACCACUUUAGUAGCCUCAGAACUCUUAAGUGAUCCCUAGAAUCGCCCAGAAACGUCCAGAGCACGUCUGUUUCUCGUUACCCAUGUCCGAGCGUGUUUCGAAGACCUAGAACUGAAAAAUGACCAUACUCUGAAAAAUUGCAAAAACAAAGUGGAUUUGAAACCGAAAAACAGCAUUUUCUGGAAAAUUCCGAAAAUUUGCCGACGUAUUAUCGAUUAGAAAAUCUGCUUUCUAGCAAACUUGUGUAUUCUCCCACUGAUUUUUUUUUUCAUUCACAAAAUUUUUAAAAACUUGCAAAAAAUGUUUUUGCAUGUGGAGGAUUACAAUAGCGAGUCUAGAAAAAUAGGCCUAGGGCAAAAAAGAAACGUUUUUUCGCGAAAUACUCAAAAUCUGUUUCUGAUUUCACGUUUAAAGAGUUAUUUGACUGAUUUUGGCAUUUUCCUGAUUGGCUUCGUUAAAUUAUUUUUAAACCUCUCACGGUAUUCUUUAAGGUGGACGAGAAGCAGAGAUUAUUGCUAACUUUGCUCAAUUUUUUUUCAUUUUUCCUGAUUUUUCGAGAAUAUUUCUUGGACCCCCUUUCCUAAAUUUCAAACUCUACUCGAAAUAAUUUUUCGACAUCACACGGCCUUUUUGUGGCUAGAUAAGAAGAAGAAGAAAUUGCUGCCAACUUUGCUCAAAAAAUAUUUUUUUUUUGUCAGUUUACUCGCUUAUUCAAUAAUAAUUUCGGGCCGAUCCUAAAAAAUGGGUGAACUAGAGAUUCUGUAAUUAUCUAGUUUAAGCAUUUUUCAACUUAUCGUUUUUUUUCGAAAAUUCAAUGGUUUUUCGACGUCACACGGCUCCCUUUUUUGGAGUUGGAAGAGAAGCAGAAAUAAUCCUGAAUUGCUCAAAAACCCUCUUUCGUCAGUUUUUCUGCGUUUUAGUGACACUAUCUUUGAAUUUUUUCAAUUUUGUCAAAAUCUUUAUUUUCUUGGAAAAACUCAAAUUCUACUCGAAAUGAUUUUUCGACGUCACACGUCCUCCUUUUUUUCGGGUUGGAUAAGAAGCGACGACGCAAUGUUGUACGACAAGAACUGUCGGCUUUGAGCUCCUCCCCGAUUUGUUUGCCGAGCUGUCUUCUUGGGUUGUCGGUUUUCGGAGGAAGGCGUCAGUCUUCCAACCCUCCUCACGACCUCCCUGUCAUUGUCUCUUUCGGAUCGAGAUGCACUAAUCUGCGGCUCGUCUCCCGGUCAGAGCUCCUUCUGGAGUUGCCCUUUUUGUGUUUUGUUGUUGGCGGGGUUGAUCUGGGGUUUACUUCGAGAAAAGCCCCUAUCAAAAAUUACAUUUAUCCUCCCCCUAAAGCUGGAGAACUUUUUCUUUGAUAGUUGAUUGAACUCGGCCCCAAAGAAAAAUCGAAAGUUUCCAUUUAUAUAUAUGACCUGCAAAUCUAAAGAACUUUAUUUUUUUUUUUCUGAAACUCAAAAAUGAGGCUCUCCAGGUUUGAAGUUUUUGCUGGGGAUCUCGAUUCAGCUUUUUUUUUCAAAUCAAUCUAAUAUUUUUCAUUCAUAAACCACUGAAUGAACUAAACCUCAUCUUUUUAUUUUUUUUUUUCAGUAGUUUCCACUUGAAAAAAUUCAAGAAAUCUCACUUUUUUCUUAGAACACUGGUUAAAUCGAUCUCGGUUCAGCUUUUUUUUUAUCGUUCAAAGUAUUUCCAUUUGAACCUUUUAACCUAGAGGACAUAAUUAUUCUGUUUCUCAGGUUAUUGGAUCAGAGAAGGUCUCUUUAUGUUUGGAAAAUAUCAAAAAAUCUCACUUUAUAAAAAUUCAAACCUAAAGAAUCUCAUUUUUAUGUUUCCCUAGUUCAAUCAGUUCAAUUUUUUUUUAGAUCGAUCAAAAAAAAAAUUCCAUUUGUACACCUCUAACCUGGAUAUUUUUUUUGUCCUUCGUCAGUGGUUGGAUUAGUUUUGAUUCAAUUUCUGCUUUUUCUACUUUUUUAAAAAAUUUAUUUCGAUAUGUUAUUUCUUUACUAGACUACGUAGUUUUUCGAAAACUAUCUACAAUAUAUGUCCUUAUAAGAAUUAGUUGCAGUCUUUUUUUCUAUAUUUGUUAUUUUUUUAUUGAUCUUAGAUUUCAAUUUGACUCGUUGGUCUCUUCACCGGAAUGUUUCCAGAUUCCUCAAAGUUUGAAAAAAAAAUUUUUCCAAAAGUUAAAAAUCAUUUUUUUGGAGAAUCGUUAGUCAAUAAACAUACGAAGUUUGGUCCACCUUGGGGCUUUGAAAAAAAUCCCACCUUGGUUCAAACAUUUUUUUCUCUUUAGCCAAGAAAUGAUCAAAAAAAUGAGUUUGGACCUUAGGGGCAGCUUAGAGACACUUGAGAGUUCCUCUCUACGGACCAAAUGACUCCCCCUAUAGGGGAAUUUAAAAUCGCAUAAGGGGCCGUUCUGGGGUAGCAUGCUAGUUGUCCCUAUAGGUCUUUUUUUAUUUUUUUAAAAUUUUAAAAAAAAUCAAAAGGCUUUUUAUAUGGGCCGAUCAAGCUUUAGAGGCUCAGGGCUCAGUCCAAAAAAACCCUAAAGAAGAGACCCAAAGCCCUCUAGGGGCCCCUCUGGCGUUCCAAAGUACAUCUAAUGAAGCUGGCAUCAUUAUUUUUAUCUUUCGUCAUUAUUUCAAUACGUCAAUUUAAAUUUCGACAACGAACAACGCAAGAGUUUCAACCUCUCCAAGUAUUCAAAAAAAAAACUUUUGUUGCGAUCUACAAGUGGACCGAACUUUUUUUUUCGUCUUCUUCAGCUUUUCACUCCCACUACUCUUCAUUCUCAAUCCCGAUCCAUUGACCAAACUGUUUGACCUCAGCCUUUUUCCACUCUUUGUACUGUCCACAAGACUGAAUUUUCGGAGGCGAGUGUUUGGUCAUGCCAUACUCGAGUCGUGUUUCGUUUUCGUGUGUUUGUCCGACGACAUUCCCCGUCUUUUCCAGGGCCAAACGGAGACGAUGAAGGUCGUCGUCGUCUUUGCGGCGUUGAUCCAAGCCGCCGUCGCAAUUUACAACGACGAUGAGCCGCACAGUUUCAGGAAGUAGGCGUUCGGUUGGAUAAGAUUGCGAAAAAGAAAGUGAAAUUGCAAAAUUACGAUGUCACAAUGAUGAGUUGUGAUAAAUGCAGACGAAAGCUAUAUUUGCGCUUUAUGAUAAUUCGUCAAAGUAAACUCGUUCGAAAAAAAAAAAUGAAAUAUUCAAAUUUUCCCUUUUGUAGCAUGCAUUUUCGCGUCGUGCUGCAUGAAGAAAACAUUUCAUCCGACGCGCAAUAUUUUAUUCCGCGCAAUUUUUUUUUUCCAAUUUUUGAAAAGUUUCUCUCCCUUUUUCAAAAUAAGGUUAUUUGCGCCUAGAUGUGACAGUAAAAGGUAUCUUGAAAAGUAUUCAGGCUUUUUUUUUCCAAGGAAAACUCUCGGCUUUUCAUUUUUGCAAUUGAAAACUUGUAUGAACGCUCUAGCGUUUUUUUUUUUUGCCUAAUGGAGAUUUCAGACUUUUUUUGGAAAUAAUAUAUUUAUUUCAGCUUCAAGCUUGUCCGGAUCAACCCCGAAACUGAAGACAAUCUCAGUUACCUAAAGGCUUUGUACGAAGGAUCUUCACCAUACGAACUCGAUUUCUGGCAGCCGCCAACUCAUAUUGGUUAUUGAUUAUUUUUCAAGAACCUAAUUAUUUUUUUCAAAAAAAUUAAGGCGCUAUCGUCGACGUCACAGUUGCACCAUCCGACGCCCCGAUUUUUGUCAAAGACUUGGAAUCGAAAAAUUUGAACUACAUCGUGGCGGUGAACGACUUGGCCCAGUCAGUGGCUUGAAAAUUCAAAAGAAUAAAGAUUAGAAAGUUAGGGAAUAAUGGAUAGGAUUUUGUAUUGAUUAGUGUUCUUGAAUGCUCUGAAAAUCAACUUUUAUUCACCACUUUUCAGAGAAUUUUUUUUUUGCGCUUGGAGAUGAUAAUAAAUUGAAGAGAAGAUGGAUUCUCAAGAAAAUUAGAAAAUUCAAGAAAUUUUCACUUUUAGAGCGAUUGCCAACGAAAAAUCUCCCGAAAACUACUACCAUCCUGAAGCGAAUGGAUUCGCCUAUGAUCGGUACAAUUCCCUGGACGAUAUCCAUGGAGAAUUGAAACGGCUCAAAAAAGAGAAGCCCGAUAUGGUCACUUUGAUCGACAUCGGUCAGAGUCACGAGAACCGGACUUUGCUUGUCAUCAAGGUUGGAAAUAAUCCUUUUGAAGAUGCAUAUAAUCUAUACGAAGAGUUCAAUCACAAAAAAAAUUGAUAUAUAACUUUUUUUAUUAGAUUGAGAAAAACUUUGAAAUUUGAAGUUCUUUUAAAAGGGUCAGUGCAUCAGGUAACCUUAUCAAAGCCAAGUUACAGACAGUUUCCCUCUUUUUUAAGGAUUCUGAUAAAAUAUAUCAUUUUUUGGACUGAAUUAUCGCCUCUUUCACUUUUAAAGUUUAUAAUGAAAUCAGAUGUUUUUUUAGGUGCUUUAGCAAAUUUUUGAACAUGUUUUGAUUGAGAAAUCUUUGAAAUGAAAUUUAGACUUGAUUUAGAUUUGAGAGGGAUAAAUGUCAGGUUUAGAAGUUCAUUGUCCCCUAUAAGCUUUGAAAUGUUUUUAUACGAUUUUUCAAUGCUCUUUCAAGUGCUCUAGCUGAGUUUCGAAAAAGACUUUUUAUUGAGAAAUCUUUGAAAUUAAAUCAGAAAAAUUUUUUUGUUUUUGUUUUUUUAACGAAUAAAUAUCUUAUUGCCUAAAAUUCGCCUAUUCGGCUUUGUAAAAGAAGCCUUCCAGUAUUUUUUUUAAGUACUGUAGCAGAGCUCUGAACAUUGGAAAACCUCCAAAAUGAAUGUCCCAGGUGACUGGUCGAAGAAAUCCGAUGGGCUCGAAAAUCUCAAUGUGGAUCGACGCGGGAAUCCACGCCCGCGAAUGGAUCGCCCCAGCCACGGCUCUUUAUACGAUUCACGAAGUUUUUGGACUUAAUAAACGAUCGGAAACAUUUGAUUUUUCCAGCUCAUCCACAACUACGAGACCGAUCCGACGGUUCAGAAACUUCUCGAUCACGUUGAAUUUUAUAUUCUUCCUGUGAUGAAUCCGGACGGCUACGAAUAUUCCAGGACUAAGGUUCGGGGGAGGAAAUUCGAAGAAAGAAUCAUUUCAAGGUUGAAAUAAUCGAGAAAAAAAGUUAUAUUUUUUUAAAAAAAUGAAAGAGAUAUGAAUAUAAAGAAUUCGAUUCAUAAUAAAAAAAGAAACUUUUUUUAAAUUCGAAGUUUAAAGCUUUUUUUGUAGAAAACCCCGACGAACAUAAAAAAAAACUUGUUGGAAAACUUAUUAUCAAGCAGAGAAAAUAUAAUCAGAAACACGUUUCAGCGGUUUUAUAAAUUUAAGUUAAAAACUAUUCUUUCAAUUAACAUUUUCAUCCAUUUCUCCAAGAAGCUUGAAGAAACCUAUUUUUUUAUUUUUAUUUAAAUUAAUUUGCAUCAAAAAAACUCCCCAAAGAAAUUCGAAUUAUUGAUAUUUUUUCCGAUUGAGAAUUUCUUGAAGUUCGAAGGCGAGGAAAAAAGUUUUGUUUGAAAGUAAAGGAUUUAGAGAAAAAAUUGAAGAGAUUUUGAUUCUUUUCUCGGUGUAAUUUGGUCGCAAGAGAAUGGCUCAAUAAAUUAAGAGGAAAUUUAAAAAAGUCUUAUUUUUGAUUCAAAUUUUGAUUUUGAAAAAAGUUGAUGGAAAGUUGAAAAUAAUGGAUUCGUAGGAAAAUAAUGAGUAUUUAAUUCAUGAAUUGAAGAACCGAAUGUGGCGGAAAAAUCGACGGCCGGCGUCCUGCAAACGGCAACAUUUCCACACGGUUUGCUGCGCCGGAGUCGAUCUCAAUAGGAAUUUCGACUGGUUCUGGGCUUGUCAGUUGUUCGAAAAUCAUUCUCAGCUCAAAAUUCGAUUUCAGCGACCGGAUCUUCCUCGGAUCCUUGUCAUGAGACUUAUCACGGUCCUUCGUCGUUUUCCGAGCCGGAAUCACUUGCCGUCAAGGACUUUUUGGAGGAAAAUACUCCCGAAGUUUGUGAUUCGAGUUUUUUGGUGUGAAAAUAAUGGUUUCUGAGAAUUGAAAGCUUAAGAAGGCUUGAAAAAAUGAGCAUUUUGAGAAUUUUUCUCAGAAAUAUUCAAAGAUGGGAGAUUUUUUCGUUAGGGAAAUUGUUUUUCCGAAAAGGUUUUUGUAAAAGAGAAGUCCAAGUUUCGCAAGCUUUAGUGGCUCCUGUAGGGGUAGGUAAAAUGGUCUCUAAAGAAACCCUACAAAGGCCCUUAAGGUUGCCCCUAGAGGGACCACUCUGGAGAUUCUAAGAAGGUUGUAGAAAAAAUAUGCAGUAUUUUAAAGUUUGACUCUUUUUUGUUGAGAAAAAUGUGUUUUUUAUCAGGAAGGUUUUUUUGAGAAUGAGAAUUUUCAGAAAGCUAAUAAGUCGUAGGAUGAAAUCACUCAGGAAUUUUUUUCGAUCAAAUAACAGUUCUAAAAUCAUAAAAAGCAGUCACAAAAGCAGUUUCUGACUUUUUUUUAUGACUUCUUGUUGAAAAUAAUCUUUUUGAGACUUCGAAAAAGAAAUUUAAAAAACCAUUACUUGAUCUGUUUCAGUUAUCACGAAUUCUUAAAACAGUAAUCAUUUUCUAGGCGUUCAUCACUCUCCACUCCUACUCCCAAAUGUGGCUCAUCCCCUACGGUCACCGCAAAAGAAGCUAUCCCCAGGAUUUCCAAACGGCUUUGGUAAGUCAUGAUUAGUUGCUUGAAAACUCAAUCAGGCUGAUUUUUACAGGUGGAAGUUUAGAAAAAAGGAUUUUUUUAGCGGGAAAAAUCAGGGUUUAACCGUUGAUCAAACUAAAUUUUUAGGUUAUUUUGAGCGAGAUAAUCAAAAAAAUUGAAAAGAAAUGGAUUAUUUCAGAGACCUUUGGCCCUCCGAGCGACCAAAGCUUUGUACGAGCUUUAUGGAACCAAAUAUCAAGUUGGAACUGGCGCCGAUUUGAUGUGUGAGUUUUGGAGAAUUCCAUGGAACUUCUUGAGUGUUCACUUUAGGGUUCAAGCUUGAGAAUUCUGUCAAGGAAUUAUUUUUUUUUUCACAGCAGCUUUUUGGUUUAUAAAACUUUAAAAACUACGAAAAUAAAAAUAUUUUUUCAAUUCCGAGCAUACUGGGAAUGUUUUUAGCGGCCCCUAUAGGGUUUUGACGUUUUAGUGCCCAUUAUAGUAGUCAAAUUAGUGGUCAUUUAAAGGGUUCUAAAUUAGAGACCACUAUAAAUGUCUAAGUGCAACUACGAGACCACUAAAAAUUCUAGUGGCCACUUUAGGGGUCUAUGGAUCAACAUAACUGGUCCAAUCUGUUUGUUUUGAAAUUAUCAGAGUUAUUGGAAGGGAUACUGGAUGAUAAACUACUGAAGUAGCCACUAAAUAGAGGACUUCUAUAGUGAUCACUUAAACGGAAAAUAGUGGCCACUUUAGUGUCCUGUCCAAGUAGUCUUUGGCGAGCCUCUAUAGUGGCCACUAAAAACUCUCCCAGUAGCUUAAUCUCAUAUAGGAUUUUGUUAUCACGAUUAUUUAUUGUAUUUUCUCUUUUUUGAAUAUUUUUUCUAUGUCAAUUUCUCAAUAAAUUACGCUCAUAUUCCAAUUUCAGACGAAGCCUCCGGCGGAUCUCAUGAUUGGGCCAAAGGCCAACUCAAAGUCCCUUACGCCUAUCUGGUCGAACUCCGCCCGAAAAACUCCCUAAUGGGGUGAGGAUUCCCUCAUUUUUCUCCCUAGGAACUCCCAAACUUGAGCCUUUCAAAAACUGCAAAAAAACCAUCUGUCAGCCACGGAUUCCUGCUGCCGGAGAGGGAGAUCGUCUCCACCGGGCUGGAGACCUUCGAAGCGAUCAAGGUGGUCGCCGAGGAGAUGGUCGCCCAGUUCGUCGAGCCCAUCAUCAAGAGCAAACUCUCCUCUUCCAGUCAGUUCUUCUCAUAGUUUGGGAAACGAGAUUUGAGAAGAAAAUGGUCUCAGCCCACAAGUAUCAAACAUGAGCGGAAUCUGAAAAACUGACUUUUGAAAUUCACUUUUACAUUUUUCCACAAGUUUUUAAGUCAGUUUUUGAGCACAAGGUCAUAUAUUUUUCAUGAAGUCCAGCUGAAUUAUUUUCAUGUGUUGCUGUAAACCAUUUCCAGGCUGACCUUCCGGUCACUUGCUUUGAAAACGGAACUUAAACCUUGAGAAUUUUUGUCAUCUUCAGACUUCUAUUGCGAAAAAAACUGUGCCUAGAAAAUUGAGAAGUAGCAGGUCCUACGAAGUAUUGACCCAAAGGAAAAAGAAGUUGGCUACUAUGUUUUGGCGCUAUUUCAAACAAAAAAAACAAGAGAAACUUUUAGAACCUUUUUCUCCUGAAUUUUUGAUUCUUCCGACCACUUCUCAGAAAAUCCAGAAAUCAAAAUGAAAAUCAGCUCGAUUCUGAAUUGAGCCCAGGGUUCUUUUAACCAUUUAUUGCACCCAGGUCCACCGCCAAUCCGACGCGGUUAUAACCUCAUCGAAACUGUCCGAACGGCCUCCACCACGACUGAAACUCCUGAAGGAACUUCUGCAGGUCUCCAUCAAUCAAUUUCUUCAAAAAUUGAAGAAAUUUGCUUCAGAAGAACCUUCCACGACCACAAGUUCGACAACGACUACGACCACUACUUCUACGACCACCACUACGACUCCAGAACCGACGACGUCUUCCACAACCACUUCGACGACCACCACAGUCCCCACGACGACUUCCACGACGCCCGAGCCUUCUACGACCUCGACGUCAACCACGACGUCGACCUCAACGACCACGACCACGACGCCUCCAGAAGAUUCCACCACGACAAAAACAGACGACGUCGAAAUUUCGCCAAGUUCAACGCCGAUUUCUUUCAUAAUUAGACCAAGAGGACGGCCUACGGUGACUCCGAUCGAGGUUGGGAUUUCUUUUUCAAACUGUGACGUUACUUUUUGGGAAUUAAAAAUUACUGAGACCAUGACGUCAUAACCUCUAGUUUGCAUGACGUCAUUUAUUAUUUAUUUUGAUCAAGCUUGACGGUGAAUGGAAAGUCAUUGUGUCGUCAUUGACCCUGAUAAAUUCCAAGUAUAGGUUUUAAUGACUUCAUAGUGUGACUUAAAUGACGUCACUCUGUUUCAGAAUUUUUAUUUAAAUUGUUUAAGACGUUACAUAAUCUGUUUCUUGAAAUGACGUCAUUUCUCUUCCCAACUUUCCAGCAACAAAUUUUUGCAGAUUGACGAGUCAAGUUCGCUCCGCUGCUUGGACUACGGUAGCUACUGUCGUCUCUGGGGAAUCCUGCAACUCUGCGACCGCGAGCAAGUCAUGCAACUGUGCACGAAAACUUGCAAUCGCGCCUGUCGAGUUUAA